AUGUCUCAAUCAUGUUCGAUCGAGAAAUGCACUCGGACAUCACGUGGACUGUGUGAUUGUUGCCAGCAAAAUCUUUGUUUACAACAUUUAAAUGAACAUAAUGCUUUACUUAUUUCUCAACUGGAUCCUUUAACUGAUGAAAUUAAUGUACUUGGAUAUUGUCUCGAAACACUAAAUAUUCAAAAAACUAUUGACAGUGGCCGUGAAAAACUUGAACAAUGGCGUCAAGAGUGUUAUAAGAAGAUUGAUUGUUUUUUUGAACAAAAAUGUCAAGAACUUGAUCAACUUAUUAAUGAAAUAGUUGAUCAACAACGAACAGUGCUCAAUCGAACACAUUUGAAGAUAACUGAACUCAUCAAUAUACAAGAAACAACUCGUCAACAUAUCGAUUUAUUGACAUCAAGUAUUCGUCAACUUGAAAGAAAUAUAAACAAUAUCGAACAAAAAGGUUUAACAAUCACCACUCGUCCAUUAUUAAUAGAUGACACGCUCGUUUCGAUUGAAAGAACGACUGAUCAUGAACUUGAUAUAUCAACUCUUUCGUCUGUCUACAAAACAAUUGAUCGCUCUGAUGGAAGUUUUCGAUUAUUAACUGCGAAUGAUCGAUACUUAUUAAUACAUCAGUAUCCAAAUUUACGCUUAUUUGAUAGAGAAAUGAACAUCGUCAAACAAACAAAAUGGUCUUACGGGGAAAUUCAAGACAUGUGUUGGUCAUCAACAUUAGGUCGAUUCAUUGUGCUUGAAGAAAAUGACAUCUUUCUCAUUGACGAAAAUACAAUGUCAAUUGAUAAUGUGCAGAGAAUUGGAGAACGAGACUUAAUAUCUUGUACAUGUUCUGAUGCAAUUCUCUUUCCACCAAUGAGCGGUGAAUCAGACGAUUCAACAGCUAUGGUAGCACAAACAUUUGUUCAAAUGGCUUAUUUAUUACUUGAGCAACAAAUGAAGGAAAGUGCGGUUAUUUGUUUUAUUUCGUGUUCUUCAUGGGAAAAGUAA